AUGCUGGCUUCGCCAUCAGACCUUCACCUGGGGAACUUUCUUCUCCGCUUGCCAUCCACUGUCGACACUCUUUCAGAUCAGCAGAUAUACGAGAAAUUUGGUCCACCAAGACCUGAGCCUGUCGUCCGAGAAGACGGGCAACUUCUUUCACCAGGUGUCCCUGGCAACGUCUACUGGCCGAUUUGGAUGGCCAAGCCAAGCGACGAGCUUAGGCUCUCUAAGUCAAAGAUCCUCCUCGCCGACUUCGGUACAGCAUUCUAUCCCGACCUAAAAUUGAGAUUCGGGUCUUGUACGCCUCUUGGAAAAUACCCGCCAGAGGCACGGUUCGAGCCAACGACGCCGCUGUCCUUCUCCGCUGACAUUUGGACUCUGGCUCAUGCCAUCUGGGCAGUGAUGGGACUGAGGACCAUAUUCGGUAGCUUCUUGAUUAGUGAGGAUGAUGUUACUCAAGAACAGGUUGAUACCCUCGGACGCUUGCCUGAUGAAUGGUGGAGCAAAUGGAAUGCGAGAUCUCGGUGGUUCAUGGAAGAUGGAUGCCACAAGAACGAUGGAUGCCCAGAGAAGUUGGAGGGGCGUUUCAAGUCAAGUAUUUAG